AUGUUGCAUGCAGCUUUGGUGGAAGACAGGAUCAAAUCCGGCAAAAUAACUCUGUGGUCACCUAUGAAGAAUCACAAACUGAAGUUGUGGAAAAGCAUGGCAAAGAGAGUAAAAUUAACAGUUGGUGACAUGAUUACUGAGUCGAAAGAAGACAGAUCAUCAUUUGCUCCUUUGAUGUUUGUUUGCAAGUUCAGACCAGAAAUAAAUUUGAAAGAAGCUAUUGGGAAUCCCAACCUCGAAAACCCAACCCCCAAUCCCCAAAACCCUAUCCCCCAAAACCCAAACCUCCAAAACCCCAUCCCCCAAAACCCCAACACCCAAAACUCCAAAUCCUCAAACCCCAACCCCAAAACCCCAACCCUCAAAACCCCAACACCAACCCCCAAAACCAACUCCAAAAACCCCAUCCCCCAAACCCCCAAGGCCCCAACCCUCAAAACCUCAACCCCCAAAACUGCAAUGCCCAAAACCCCAACCACCAAACCAACACCCAAAUCCCCAAAAAACAAAGCCCCAAUAGCAACCCCCAAAACC